AUGAGCGCCAAUGGUACCCCAAAGGGAGGUAACCGCAAGGCCAAUGCUAGGUCUCUGCUGAUAUCUCAACGGAAAGAAAGAGCCGCGUCAAUACCGCCUACACUAACACAACCCAUAAAUAACAAUCAUAGUAUCCAUCAUGAUCCAUCAAAACCUAGAGAAGAGCGUCAUUUCAAAGAUUAUUAUCCCGAUCUUGAUGAAGAUUUAGCACUCCCGUUGCUUUUGAAUGAAAUUGAUCCAAAUGAACUAAAAUCAAAUCAUCCUAGAAUCCAAGGUUUGAAAAAACCAGAAUUCAAACAAAUCCCAAAAGAAAUAUUACCAAAUGACAAUAGUAAAAUACCCAAAAAUAUAAUCAAACUUGGCUACAAAGAACACUCAAUGUCACAAAAUCCAGAAACGUAUAUUCGUGAAAAUGAUCAGUUCGCUAAAAGGGAACAAAACAAUCCAUUCUUUGAAUCAAUUUCAUCAAAUCAAAUAAAUUUUAAAUCGACUUAUGACAUGGAUGAACAAGAUAAUUAUUUCCUAGCAUAUAUUAAUUCUAAAAUUGAUUCAAAACAGAUAAGCCAUGAAAUUUUCGAGAUUGCUAUAACAAUUUUGGAAAAUGAAUGGUAUUAUCUUGAAAAAAAAAUCCCACCUAAAAUAAGAAAGACUUAUUCAUCAAAUUCUGAGUUGAGUUUAAAGACAAGCGCUGCAAUAAACCACACUAAACUUUAUGGUGCAGAUGAUGGUAUUGGGUUUUCUCCUGAAGAGGAUCAACGUUGUGCAGUUUGCAACGAAUCAGAAUGUGAUAAUUCAAAUGCAAUUAUUUUCUGUGAUGGUUGCGAUAUUGCAGUACAUCAAGAUUGUUAUGGGGUUAUCUUCAUUCCUGAAGGUCAAUGGCUUUGUCGACGUUGUAUGAUUUCCAAAAAACGGAAAGUGAAAUGUCUGUUUUGUCCCUCUACAACAGGUGCUUUUAAACAAACUGAUAAUGGACUUUGGAGUCACGUCCUCUGUGCAUUAUGGAUCCCUGAACUUUGGUUUGCAAGUGCUGGUCAUAUGGAGCCCGUUGAAGGAUUUGAUGUUAUACCCAAGGGGAGAUGGAAAUUGAAUUGUUACAUAUGUAAACAAAAAAUGGGUGCAUGUAUUCAAUGUGCUAACAAGAAUUGUUUUACUGCGUUCCAUCCAACUUGUGCUAGAAGAGCUGGUCUUUUCAUGGAGAUGAAAAAGGGUGUACAAGGAGCUGUCUUGGAUAAAUCAUCAAUGCAUUCGUAUUGUCAUAGACAUUCCCCACAAGGUUAUAAUGAACAAGUUGAUAUUAAAAGUGGGAUUGAAAAAACAAGAUUAUACUAUAGUACUUUGAAUCAAAAUCAAUCCACAAAUGUCCUCAAGAUUUCCAAAGAAAAAAAAUCUGUAAAUAAGAAAUGGAAAACUUCAAGAGGCACACCAAUUCCUCCAAAUUAUUUCAUUACAGUCAUCAGUGUGUUCUUGAAAAAAUUGAAAAUACAAGAUGAGGAAAAUGUUGCACAGCAAUUAACCAAAUAUUGGUGCAUGAAGAGAGAAAUGAAAAGAGGUGCACCAUUGGUCAGAAGAACAGAUCCAACGGGUUAUACAAGUGGUAAUCCUGAGGAAUUGGAACCAAAAUCUGAAUUUUGUAAAACGUUGUUACAAGAUAUUGAUCAGCUACAAGGAUUAGCACAAGCUGUGGAAUUGAGAGAGCAAGAAAGAUUAUUAUUAGACCAAGUUUUUAAAGAACAAUUGCAAUGUGCUUAUUUCCCUCAUAACACUUUAAUACGGUUGUUGUUGACCAAGAUUAACAAAAUUGAUUCAUCAAGAUUUCUAAUGGACUUAGAAACACAAUCAUUGAAUCUUUCACAAAUUAAUGACAAAAGUGUGAAAAACAAUUAUAUGUCAUUGAAUGAAUUUUUAACAGAUUUGGAAAGUUUUUUCCAAGAAGUGGAGGCAAUCAACUCUCCUGCAUUAAUCAAGGCUGUUCGUCGUAUAACUAGAGACAUUGAUACUAAUUUACAAGAGUUGAAAGAUCUUGAUCUUUCGAAACUGGACAGAGACUUUGUCAUGGAUGGUGUUGAAGUUAAAGAAGCACCUUAUCAAGGUUUACGUGCAAUGCAAGAAGUUGGACUAAGUGAUAUGGAAGAUGACUAA